AUGGCCUCUAAGCUGCACAUAACAUCACUGCAAGUAGGAGACGACUCUAUCACUCCUGUUACUAAGGCCAAGGGCGUUGAUGUAACCAUUGACUGUCACAUGACCAUGAAGGCACAUGCUAGUAUAUCAUCAGUGUGCAAAGGUGCCUUCAUCCACCUAAAGAACCUGAGCCCGCUGAGGAGAUAUCUGGACAGGGAAUCGAUGGAAUGUGUUGUCCAUGUCUUCAUAACAACAAAGCUGGACUACUGCAACUCUCUUUACUACGGCUUUCCAUCAAAGCAGUUCCAGUCCAUCCAAAACGCUGCAGCCAGAAUCAUCUCAGGCACCCGAAAAUAUGACAGUAUUACACCAGUACUACGCUCCCUCCAUUGGCUGCCAGUUCAACCAAGAGUCACCUUCAAGACAUUGGUGUUAGUGUACAAAACAGUCAACAUCAUGGCUCCACCCUAUCAGUAG